AUGUCCGACGAUGUCAUCCACCACCAUCAUCACCAUGACCCGUACAACCAGGGCAUGAUAGGCGUCCCCCAUGGCCCUGAAACAGGUGAUGACCAUGUGUCUCUACGGGAUUUCCCACAGGAGAGCGACGAGGAGCGAGUCUUGAAGAGCGUCAUCUAUCCCGAUGAUACACACACAGAAGAUGGCACCUACUGGGCGGAUCUCCCCUGGGCGAAGCAGCUUGCCUUCAAUCGGAAAGUCGACAAUGCGGAGGCGAAGAGCGAGUUGAUCAGCAUUGGGAGGAUGUUCAAAAAGGACCCAUUGGAGCCCAUUAGGUGGUACUUCAGAAAUGCCGUCUUGCCCGGUGCCGGUCUCGGUCUUGAAGGCUAUGUUCUUUUCUCCAUCGGAAACUUGACGCCGCUUUUCUCCGCCGUUUGGCCAUCUUGUUGGAAAACGUUCAAGGUGUGUAAUAAAACCUGGGUCGACUCGGUCCAGUACCUGGAGGUAUCUGGCAUUAUCGUCGGCCAGAUCCUUGUUGGUCUUCUUGGUGACGGUAUCGGUCGCCGUUGGGGUCUCAUCCAAGAUGCCGGUAUUAUGUUCAUUGGCCUUCUGAUGCUCGUUGCCUCCUGGGGAACCACUCUGAAUGGCUGGGUCAUCUGCUAUGCCUGGUCACUGUUCUUCUAUGGCAUCGGCGUCGGCGGGGAGUAUCCAAUGACAGCCACCGCCGCCAUGGAGAAUGCUACCGGGUCGGGGAGGGUCUCUACCAAAGAUGAUCGCCUACAUCGUGGUCGCAAGGUCACCAUGGCGUUCUUGAUGCAAGGAUGGGGGCAGUUCAUGAACCAAGCCGUCCUCAUCCUUCUCCUCUUGAUAUUCCAUCACGGUAGUGGGAACCCCCCCUAUUCAGCGGUCUCUGCGCAGUGGACGUUCCGCAUUUCUUUCGCUAUUCCAACCGUCGGUACGCUGUGGCUGGUCUACUACCGCUACUAUAAAAUGCCUCUUGCGUCCAAGGCGCUAAAUGCAGCCAAGAAAAAGUCAAGCGUGACUGGAUACGACAUGCAAUCGUUAAAGCUUACCUGCCAUCACUUUGGCGGCCGUCUUAUUGCAACUGCUGGAGCCUGGUUCUGCAAUGACGUUUUCUUCUAUGGCAACAAGCUUUUCCAAUCUCAGUUCAUUAGCGUCCUCUCGCCGAAUACGCAUUCGAUCAUGACGAACUGGCUCUGGAACUUGGUCAAUGUUGGCGUUUCCCUUUGCGGAUACUAUCUCGCGACGUUCCUCAUCGAUAUCAAGUUCGUUGGACGAAAGAGGAUGCAACAACUUGGCUUCCUGAUGGACUUCGUUCUUUUUGUUGUCCCGGCUUUCCACUUCUACUAUUAUGCCCAAGUGAAAGCCAACAUCCCAGCCUUUCAAGCCAUGUACUUCCUUUCGUCCUUCUUCAACCAAUUCGGUCCCAACAGCACCACCUUCCUCGUCGCCGCUGAGGUCUUUCCGACACCCGUCCGUGCUUCCGCCCACGGCUUCUCCGCCGCCGUGGGUAAACUUGGCGCCCUACUUGCUGCGGUCCUCUACAACUACAUCGACACACAGACGAAAUUCUAUGUCGUUCCCUGGUUUGGUCUGGCAGGUAUGCUGGUAACUUGGCUUUUCCUUCCGGAUACCACCGGUCUCGACCUCAAGGAGCAGGAGCGCCGAUUUUCAUAUAUCCGAGCUGGCCGUGAGGAAGAGUAUCAUGGUGUGGCGGUCCAUCCUCACCAUCUCUCUUUGUGGGAGCGUCUCCGAGGUGCCGGUAAACACUAUGACCCGAAACUCGAUUAUGUGAGCAAGGUUAAAGACCUUCGUGAGGAAUGGAAAGAAAGACAGGCUGAAAGGAUGCAUGACGAGGCGGCCUGUGGCGAAUUGGAUGACGAGCUACCACCAGAGGUGCACGACUUUUUUGCGAAGGAGCACAAUUCCAACCCUGAAUCGAAGGGCAAACAAACGCCCAGCGCUGGGAACAGUGACGGGAGUCCCAACGGGAACAGCGAUUCGAGUACCAACGGGAUCAGUGAAAAAGACUCCCAUUCUUAG